AUGCUGUCUCAGCGUUUUUUGACCCGGCGCUUGCCCCAGGUGGCCGUUCGUUAUAACACCCCCCGCGCCUUUUUCUCUCAAAGCAAGAUUCUUGCGGCUGCAGAGCUUGAUGAUCCUUUGCAGAAUGGAAAUUACCAAAACCCUCCUCGCGUUAAGCGUGCCUUCAGAGACCCUCAUGGCGACUGGUGGGAUAAGCAAGAGAGACGAAAUUUUGGAGAGCCAGUCCACGAAGAAAACGAAAUCCUCGGGGUUUUCAGCCCUGAACAGUAUACUCAUGUUACGUCCCGUAAGGGCUUCUUCCACCUGGGCGUGUUCGUUGCAGCUUUCCUUGGAUUCUGUGGUAUUGUGAGCUUCUACUAUCCAGACAAGCCUAGCGUUCCCAGAACAUAUCCGGAAGGCUUGGAGAAGGAACUUGGAGGACCCGAUGCUGUUAGGGCCCGCAAAUCCGGCGAAGACUCUUGGUAA